UCUAAACAAGGUGAACCAGUACAUCCUCUGAAAGAGAUUUCAAAAGGUAAAAAAACUCAGGAAAAAGAUGUACCAUCGGGUAAAAAGACUCCACAAAACGAAUUACCCCCAACGAAAAAACAGCCACCAAUCGAAUUCCCUCCCGGGAAAAAGCCAAUACCGCCCACCACUCCAAAACCUGAUGCCGACGACAUGGCUUUGUUAAGAAUAAAGAAAGAAAGAGAGCGCAAAGAAAAAGAAAGAAUUGAGAAACAGAAGAAGGAACAAAGGAUGAAGGAAUCAACAAGAGACAAGAAAGCAGACGACGAUAUGCCGCAACUUGAGCGAGAAAUUAGUAAGGUUAUAAAGAAUGUGAGGAAUUCGUCGUCCAGUGAUGCGUAUGAGACAGACGAAUCUGAAAAGGAAGAACGUGCCAAGAAACUUUUUGAAAAGCGUAAGCGAUUGGCUAAUGCUGUUUAUGAACCUCCCGACGGUUUGCAAGAUGCCAAAGUCGUAGGAAAGAAAAAACGCAGGAACUUGAAAGAGGGAGAAGAUGGACACGAUUUAACUAAAACACUGACGACACGGGAACAACAAGAACUGAUUGAUUCAAAACGUCGUCAGCGCAAAAAGGCAAUAAAGAAAAUGGCAAAGAAAAAAUUAAGAAGCCCAAGCGAUAUAGAAUCUUCGGAUACUGAUACGGACGCCGAAGCCAGUGGUACAAAAAGACGAGCCAAGAGACGAAAGAAAGGUGAUCCACGUAUAAAUGAAGCCCCGUUUACUGUACAAUAUCAUACUAAAAAAGGUCUAGAGAGAGAAUUAGAUGAUCAAGAUUUCUGGCAUGAAAGAGUACAGCCUACUGUCAUAUCCGACGAGGGAGAGACGGAUGUAGAUGGAAAUACAAAGCAUGCUAUACAAGUCGCUCCUGUUGAAACCUCCCAGGCACCGGCAGAUGACACAAGAGAGGGGUCAGAGUCACGUUUGAAACAGAUCAUGGACGAGGAGGCGGACGUUUGGGCAGCACAUGGUUUUAAAGGAUUCAAACUUGGCCGUGGUGGCGAACUGCCCGAAGCAUACCACUUUGACGAGGAAGGAAAUAUUGUGCGCGACAGCGAUGGCAAGAAAAUUCCUAAAGAAGUGUUUGCAAAACUGUUAGAAAAGCGGAGAAGAUUCGCGCACGUCUUCAGUUUACCAAGGUUGAUACGGGAUUCUGAUGGGCGCCCUCUUGGUGGAUAUAAAGAUGACGAAUUUGGUCCAACAGCAGAAUGGGAUUAUGGUCCAGCCAAUAAUGAGGAGGAAGAAGAACAAAAGAAAGCUGACACUUACCGUCCAGGAUCCGGAAAGCAAGUUGCUUUUAGCAUGCAAGAUGGACAAAGUAUUCGCGCUACUCCAUUAAAUGACCUAGAUCCUAAUCAGAUUAAAGGGAGACAAAUCGGAUCAGCUGAACGACUCAAAUUAAAGGAUAGAUUAUUUGAGUCGCAGCCAGAAAGGGAGGCCAAAGUCACUGUACCGGUUUUCUUUGCUGGUUCCAAAGGUGGCGUAAAACCCGAGUCUAUAUAUAUCAACAACUCGCAGAUAGAGCGACAGGGGAACCAGCCCAAGUCAACGUCAUCAGGAAUGGUUCUUAGAUCAGACACUUUCAGUGACGGUAAAGGGAUGCACCGUAACUCAAAAACAAGGGCUUCGUGGAGUGGGAGAGAGAGGAUAAGUCAAGCAUUUAUCCCAGAAAAUGAAGAAGGUUUGCAGGGAAUUUCUCGAGGCAAGAAGAACAUUGGAUCCGACGACGAAUUUAUACUGGUUGGCGGCAGCAUGCAGAAGAUUAACAACCCACCAAAAGACUCGCAUCAAGCGUCUCAUUGGUGUUCACGAUAUGAACGCAGUGGUAAUCUUCCAAUACGUGAAACAACGGAAAUGAGCGAUUUGAACAUGCGCACUGCACCAAACUCUGUGAGACCAUUUUCCGGUGACGAUAAAGCGAUGAGAAAGUACUUGGAAGAGCUGUAUACAGACAAGAAAUACUUCGACCGUUAUAUUGAAACGGAAAAACUGCCAACAAAUGCUGCGGUAGAAACACGAGGUCUUGCAAGUCUUGGUCAACAAUUUCUUAAAGAUCGUGCUGUGUAUUGGAAAGAACACCAACCAGUUAUUCCAGUUCAACCUCCUUCCGAGUUAGGUCUACGCCUGUCACGCAUGCGCACAUUUCAAACUAAUGCUGACUCAGGCAUGGAGUCCAUGAUGACACCAACACCAGGUCGUCCACACAGCGCCGAUGAUCCACCAGCGACGCGCGAGAACACGAUAUCGUUACCGCCACUUCCAAGCAAUAGAACCGCAUGGACGAAGGAAAAUAGUAACUCUGUGCGGAAUCCUCCAACAGGGCGAUCUGAGGCGCCACCUACACCGGAAAAACUUGAAAUAGGAAAAAAGGAAAAGUCUGUGACAAUUGAUACUUCCCCACAAGAAAUUAAAAAAUCGAGCACAAUAAAGACUAUUGCUAAAGAGAUUUCUAAACCAAGUUUAACUGAAAAGAUCAAUCAAGAUGAGAAAAAAUUAAAAAACAAUAUGCUGACAGUCACUGACUCAGUUAAUGACAUUGAUAUGUUAUAAUGUUGACGUUAUACGAAUCAUUUGAUAUUUUUUUAUUGUUAACUAUACUUCAUUUAUAUCUACUUAAAUCAUAUUUGAAUGAUUGAAUGGUUUCAGGAUCAAAUAUCUAAUUAAUUAAUAUGCCUUUCAAAUACAUAGCAAACUGGUUUCGUUAAACCGCCAUAAACAUUUUACUUGGUCCGUCAGUCGUUUUAUACGUGCACGCGAAAAGGUCGUGCAUGAUAAACACUCGAUGUUGUGGUAUAAUUAUUUAUGGCAUCGGUCGUAUAUACUAUAAAUAGACCUGAAAUUAAAAUAAAAAUGGCUGCUACUAUCACAUAAUUUAAAUGAGAAUAAGAGUAAUCUGACGUCAUCAUGACGUCAUAUAUAAUUUUAAAUUAAACCAAUCAUGAGUCUUCUACGCUAGAUGGAAAUCAUAAUUUUCAUUAUGAUUGGUUGUUUUUUUAAAGUAUAAUGUAGUAUAUUGUAGUAUCCGUUAUCAUAUUUGAUAAAAUGGUUACAGCUUUGAGUACGUAACUUAACAUUUUAGUGAUCAUUUGCACAAACAUUAUGUACCCCCUAACCAAAUGCGACAGUGCACACAGAACUUUGAUUCUUUUUAAAAGUGAUGUCUGGGGCAGUUUAGCUACGUAAAGUCAUGUUAUUAACUUUUUGUUAUCGAGACAUAUCAUAGAUAUAUCUAACAUUGUAUAAUUAAUAU